AUGUAUUGGAGCAUAGCACUCAGUUCAAUAGCUCUUGUACCGCCGAGCAACGCUCUAGUACGCUUCCAUUGCUCUCAGCUUGUGACCCAGAGACUCGACCCUCUUGUAAAUCCUGGAAUGAUACCGUCUACCCAUGUCCAUCAAAUUGUCGGCGGUGACUCGUUCAACGCCACCAUGGACCCAAAGAAGGACAUGCCGGGCGAAUCGACGUGCACAAGCUGCCAGUUCGUUGAUGAUUUCUCCAAUUACUGGACUGCGAUACUUUACUUCCGUGCGCGGAAUGGCACGUACAAGCGCGUUCCUCAACUUGGAAACAACCAGUUCAGGGACGCGAAUGGUGGUUUGACGGUGUACUACAUGCAGGACGCGAUAUAUCUGCCCAACCAGACGUCCCCGGUAACAGCCUUUAAGCCGGGCUUCCGUAUGCUCAUCGGCGAUGUCCAAGCUCGAACGCUCGAACAAGCAUCGCGCUUCCGCCAACUAACGUACACCUGUCUCGACACUUUCGUCACACGCUCUCCAGAGACAAUCGCAUUUCCGAAGCGCCGCUGCACCGAGGGAAUUAUGACUUCUUUACGCUUUCCGACCUGUUGGGAUGGAAAAAACCUUGACAGUCCAGAUCAUAUAUCGCACAUGAGUUAUCCCGAGACGGGGACCUUCGAGAGCGGCGGGCCAUGUCCGGCAUCUCAUCCCGUGCGGACAGCACAAGUGAUGUUUGAGGUCGUGUGGGACACCAAGCCUUUCAAUGAGUUGGAGUGGCCUGAAGAUGGAAGUAAUCCAUUCGUCUGGUCGUUCGGAGACGCGACGGGCUAUGCAAAUCAUGCAGACUACGUGUUUGGCUGGAGGGAUGACUCGCUGCAAAGGAUUCUGGAUACUCCGGGAUGUCACUUUAUGACGAACUGUUCGGUGGAGUCACGGUCGAAACUGCAGUCGGUGGAGGAGAUGAACAGAUGUACGCAGAAGCCAGUCAUUGAUGAGGAUAUUGAUGGGUGGCUUCCAGAACUGCCAGGCGGAUAUCAGGCCGAAUACGGGCCAUCGUCUAUCUGA